CCCGCCCUGCGGGAAGCGGAAGCGGCGCUCGGGUCAGUGCCGGGCUGUGGGGCCGGACGGUGGGGCUGCGGCCCGGGGGCUGCGGCCCGGGGGCUUCCCGGGCCCGGCCGGGCCGGGCUGGGGCGGCCGCAGCCCCGGUGUGCGCACGGACCCUGGGGCGGGGGGCUCGGCCUUUCCGGGGCUGCGCGCAGCGGCCCCCGCACUUGCGAAAGGGCCUGAAAGGCCCCUUCCAAACCAAACUAUGAUUUAAGAGGGUGGUAUUCAGAACUGUGUCUUUAACUGAUAGGUUUCGGGAAUGCUUUUAAAAGCUGUCUGUUCACAAUUCUUUUAUUUUGUAUUUUUCUAUACACUAUUAACCUGGAAUCUCCCUCACUGGAGAUACUCAAGAGCUGUCCGAACGCAAUCCUGUGCCAUGUGCUGGAGCAGGGAGGUUGGACCCUGUGGUUCCUUCCAGCCUUAUUCAAUGAUUCUACUGCUGUGAGUUUCGGAGAUCAGCCAUGGGUGUUAGAGGCUUGCAGGGAUUUGUGGCAAGCGUUUGCCCCGAUGCGUGCCAAACGGUAGAUCUGAGAGAAAUGGCAGAAAAACAUCGCAUUGAUCAUCCUGAUUCCCCACCUGUUAUCGUAGUAGAUGCCAUGAGUUGCGUUAGACGCUGGUACACACCAGAAUCCUGGGUGUGCGGUGGCCAGUGGCGGGAGUACCUUGCCAUUUUAGAGGAUUUUAUCAAUGCUUUUAUGGCAGCUGGCAUCAAGUUGGUGUUUUAUUUCGAUGGGGUGGUAGAAGAGAAAAAGAGAGAUGAGUGGAUCAAACGGAGGAUGAAGAAUACUCAGGAAAUAGCCAGAUUAUUUCAGUUUGUCAAGACUCACAGGAAACAGCCAGGGAGGGAAAUGUUUGUUCUUCCUUCAGCUCUGCCUACUUUUACACGUUAUGCCCUGAAGUCACUUGGUCAAAAAACAGUCUGCACGUUGCAAGAGGCAGACUUUGAGGUGGCUGCAUAUGGUUUGCAGCACAACUGUAUAGGAAUUCUGGGGCAAGAUAGUGACUACCUCAUCUAUAAUACAUGUCCCUACUUUUCCAUUGAGAACCUCCGUUUGGACAAACUGGUCACUGUUAUGUACUCUCGAGAAGUUCUUUGCCGUGUGCUGGGUAUUAGUUUGACACACCUUCCUCUCUUUGCCUGCUUGCUCGGCAAUGAUGUUGUUCCAGAAAGCAUGUUGGAAGGCUUUUGGCACAAAUGUUUAACCACCAGUCCCCGCAGGAAUAACAGCUACAACAGAAGAACAAACAUACUGCUGUCUGUAGCAAAUUACAUCUCAAAAAUUCCAUGCUCGUACAGCAGCCUGAAACACUUGGAAGAGAUUCUACCUCUGGGAUCAGACAAGACAUUGCUUUGCAGAGGAGUGAACUCCUAUCUUUUGCCUGGGCAGCAGUCUCCAUGGAUUCCUCCCAACGUAACAAAUUGUCAAAUGUUAUCCCUUCAACAACAAUCAGCUCUCUGUCAAGAUAAAGAAAUCUUUCAGUUAGCUAAAGAACAGCAUAUCCAAUCUGAAAAUUAUUUGAUCUUCAAUAUCCUGAGUCAUGGAGAGAUUGAGUGCAGCAACUCCUUGGAAGAUGAUUAUGAUACAGAGAUUCCUGGACAGGCACUUAUCUACCGCCCUGCUCGUCAGCAUAUUUAUUCUAUCUUGUUGGAAUCUGGAAAAGGUGGAAACUGCCCUUUGGUAAAAGAGUGGUUUGUCUAUUUUGGAAAUCCUCUCAAGCAGCCGGACCUCGUACAACCUGUACAACCUUCUGUUACAGGUGGAACACCUAAUUUGAAAACACUGUGGCUUGCCAAAGGGCCUGACGUGGAGAAGCAACGGUAUAGUACAUUUCUGGCAUGCUUUAACCUUCAAGAUGAGAUGGAAGAACUCCAAGCUCUGGAAGCACCUGUUGCAGGAUUCUGCUGCUUGCUGGCCUAUCUUAUGAUGCAGGUCAGUAGCCUCUCUCUGGAGGAUUUAAAUGCAUUUCUGGCACUCGUUCUCUGCCUAAAAGGGAAGUCAGCAGCUCAACUGACAAGCCUGCAGCUUGCACAAGUAGACUCCAGGGCUGUACAUCUGGGUGCUGUCCUUAUCCGUGGCCUUACGACUUUGCUCACGGCCAACAGUGCCUGCGGCUUUCCGUUCAGGAUGGAUGAUCUGAUGCCUUGGGCAGUGUUUGAUGGAAAACUUUUUCAAGAAAAAUACCAGCAGUCACACCGAGGUUGCCCUGUGGAAGAACUUUUGGAAGGCAAUGAGUCUUUGUACACACCCUUCCAGAAUCUGAAAUCUCUCAUUUGCAAGGUUUGCAAGACAAAGAACAGAACCAUACAGAGCAGACCAAGAGGGAAUGGAUUUAACAAAGGAAGAGAACAAAGAGAUUUUAAUCCCAGGCUCCAACAGCCACACAGAAGUCAUUUUGUUUCUCCAUAUCAUAACCAGAUGAGGGGGUUCACACAAAGACAUCUGCAAUCCCAAGGUAGAGAAUCAGGACAUCCACACCGGAGGAGAUAUCCCCUUCCUCCUCAGUAAAUAAUUCAUUUCUACAAGUGGCAAACUGAGAUGGUGGAAGAGUUGCCACUGGGAUAAUUUUUGUUUAUGAGAGCCUGUUUUUAAGAAUUUUUCAGAGUAACUGAAAAAUGUGACUGUGGAGGAAAUCACACAAAGCUGUUCAGCUUGUUAAUCACUUACCAUGUUAGGUCUAAGCUUCUUACGAGACCAGAGUCACAAAACCUUAAAUUACAGGUACCUGAGGGACAGUAGCAUCCCAGUAUAGAUAUGUCGUUUUGUCAGUUUGGCAAAGAAAAGUCUGAAUUGUUUUUUAUAACAUUGUGAGAUAUUCCUGAGUGUAAAUUUAAGACUUAAACUAUAAUUUUUGCAUAUUUUUGUAAUAGUUGUUUAUAUUACAAUACUUUCCUGACCAUGAAUAAUGUGUCAUGUCUAUGCUGUAUUGUGGUUUAUGUCUUGAUCGUGGAUUAUAUCUGUAUCUUAAGGGUUACAUCAUUACUGAAACCCUGAGAAGUUUGAAACCUGACAUCACUGAUGUAAGCAUUAUCUGCCAGUGAAACAAUGUGACCUUCUUGUAAAAUGUCACACUUUUUUUUACAAAGGAAUAAAAUUGCUUUUACAUUUGAUACUUUUAGUUAAGCAAAUUUAUACUUUUAGUUAAGCAGCUUCUUAUAAGACAUGAUGUACUUCUAUAAUGAAUAAUACAUAGGAGAACUCAAUAUUUCUUUUCUGACCAGAAGUCUAAUUAAACACUUACCUUCAAAGUUAUUUCUUAAAAAUUGGUGUGUUUCACUUUGGGAUUCAGUUUCAGUAAUAUAUGUAUUUGUUUAUUUCAAAAAUCAAGGGGGUGUCAAGAGAGGAGCCAGGCUUCUCUCAGUGGAGCCAAGCAAUAAGAUAAGAGGCAAUGGACAGAAACUGAUGCACAGGAAGUUCCACUUGGAUAUGAGAGAGAACUUCUUCACUGUGCAGGUGACUGAGCCCUGGAAGUGAUUGUCCUGAGAGGUUAUGGAGUCUCCCUUGCUGGAGAGAACCACCUGGCCUCAAUCCUGUGCCAGGUGCUCUGGGAUAACCAUGACUGAACAGGGAGGUGGGAACCAGGUGACCCUCUGUGGUCCCUUCCAACCUGACCCAUUCUGUGAUUCUGUGAUUAGUCAGGUAAUAUUGUUUCUUUGGCCUUGUGCAGGUAACUCCUUUGAGUUGACUGUGAGUGGAACUUCAUUCCUGUUUAGUAUCCAUGUUAUGUCAAAGUGAAUAGCAUUGUCAGACAUCCACAACUCCAAACUCAAUUUCCCUCCAUGUAUUUUUCUGGUUGUAACCCAAUAAACAUAUUUUUCGUACUCUGUAUAUAGCAGCAAUCCAGCUAAAUAAAUAAGCAAUGAGGAUUUCUGGUUUUAUUCAACGUUUGACCAGACAGCAUUUCACACAACACAGUGUCUUGAUUUGCAUUUCAGGAGAUGCAGUGUCAUCAUAGGGGUAUUCCUGCUUCCUUUUUCAAUCGAUUUGCCAUUGACUGUAAUUGUACUAUCAUUUUUUUACUAUUGUUUUUAUCCCUCCCCUCCAAACCUUUUGAAAUAAUGUGGUCUGAAUUUUAUGGAAACUUCUCUGGUUUCAGGGAUCUCAUAAUGUAUAAUAGCGUAUUUUAAAAGAAUGUGAUUGUGUGCCAGAAUUUGUUCUAAUUCCCUCUUCAGGCUUUGAUAUGAGAAAAGAUGUCUGUUGUCCUCAAUAAACAAA